CUGCAUCAGAUGUCCUCCUGUUGUUUCUCCACCCACAACGCGUCACCAUCGUCGCGGACGCCCCUCUGCCAUGUUUGCGUCCUGGCCGUGGAAGAGAAAAUAUGUCUGCUCAGAGCUUUGCUUGUUUUUAGUGAUAAUACUGAUAGCGUAUUGAAGAUUAAAUGCCGUCCACGGUUUAGUAGUCUGACUUUAAGCAAGGCGGAUCUUACACUAUGUCAACCAACGCUGAGGAUUUUGACUUUGAUGAAUAUGACAAACCUGGCAUUGAGCGGUCACGUCGGAGGAGAGGUGAUGAUAUCGUAGAGAGUGAUUUGGAAGAAGAUUUGUUGGAGGAGGACUGGUUGUCUGGUAAAAAGAAUCCUUCAGAAGUGUCGGAUGAAGAGUUAAACGAUGACCUUCUUCAAAGUGAUGAUGAAGACCUAAAUAUGAUUGGUCAGGAUGUUGGCCGCAAUGCCACUUACAGCAUGAGCACAUCCUUUGGACAGCAGGGCGAGUCACAGGAAGCAGACUACGCAGAUGAUGUUGUGAACCUGGGUGCAGAGGGUUGUGAAGACGAUGAGGAGGAGGGGUACCAUCAAGAGGGCGAAGAAGCCUAUACAGAAGAAUACAAUCAAGACAACACAGAGAUGCCUGAAGAUCAAAAUGAUUACAUAAGAAACUUGACCCAGGAUGAUGAUGGCUACCAGGGUGAAGUCUUAGACAUCCAGAUAACUGAACCUAUAGAUAGUGAAUUUCAAGAUGAGGAAUAUGAAGCUACCCAUGAGGAAGACACAGAGGAGGCGGGAAGAGAAAGGGAGCGAGAGGAAGAAGAAACCACCACUGAGGCAUCUCAAGUCUAUGACACAGAAGAGGGUGAACAUGACACUUUGCCAGAUGAUGAAACAAAGGAGGAAUCAGAUGAAGAAGAAGAUGAAGUUGAAGACUCGGGCCGAAUACGAUUUAAAUCUGAAAGGAAGGACGGCUCUGUGGUACGACUGGCGGAUGCAGGCAAUAAAAGGAGGAACAUUCCUGAAACUCUCGAGCUGUCAGAGAAAGCUAAAAAAGAUUUGAUGAAGUUUGGAUUUGAUGGAGAACACGAGCGGCAAAAGAGACCAAAUCGUUAUGGAGGCUAUGGCAGAGGAGGGGGUCGAGGACGCAGAGGAAGAGGAGGAUUUUCUGGGUUUGGAAUGUCCGAUUAUAGAGGAGGACAAAGGAGGAAAAUACAUGACCAAAUGCUUCCCCUGAUGGGAAACAUGAGCAUACAGCCAUCCUCUCACAUGCCACAUCAGCAGCAAUUGCAGUCCCAUCAGCACCACCCUUCACGAGCAAGAGGACCUCCUCCUUUCCAGGAGCAUGGUCGGCCCAUUCCCCAGCAAGCCCUUCAACCUCUCAUCCCCUCUCACAUGGCUCAUCGCUCCCCACCACUGCGACCACAGAUGGAACAACCAUCACGAAUGAUGGGCUCUCCGCCGCCCAACUUCCCGCAGCAUCACCAACAGCAGCCCUCGCAUCCCAAAAACAUCCACAUUAAUCCCCACUUUAGAGGACCUUCACAGUCUUCUGCACAAGUGCCCUUGAUGCCUCCUGCUCAGAGCCAGUCCAGACCUGCUGUGGGUCCUCAGAGGUUUCCUGUAAUGGGAGACUUUCAGCGUCAUAUGCCAGACAGUUUUGGUCAGCCUCAGCGGCCUCCUCAUCACAUGGAGCCCUUGAGGAACCAGCCACCUCAAGGCCCUCAGGACAGGGAGCCCCUGUUUAUAGGAGAGUGCACAGAUCCAACACGGUUUCCAGCGCAGCACAUGUUUGAUCACCAGGGCCCCAGCCCUUUGAUGAACAACAGCAACAACCUCCACCAGCAGCACCUGCCCGGCCAGGGCCACAUGGGCUUCGGCCCGCCAGGACCGCCCUUUAACCAGACGGGCCCGGACCUACUAGGAAUGUUUCAGAGAGAACCUCCAAGACCAAACCUCCCUCCCCACCAAAAUCACCAGGGAGUGGUGAAUUUGAAUCCACAAGGUGGGGCCCCCAACCAACCCAGGCCUUUCAUGAACCCUCGUCAGCCCUUUGGCCAGCAGGGGAACCGUUUCCCCCCACCACAAGUUCAGUUUGGGAUGCAGGUACGACACAGAGGUUUAGCCCCCCCUGUCUCUCAGCUGCCACAUCACGACCCAUUGUCGCCUCAUCCCAUGCACCAUCAGCAGCAGCACCAUAGGCAAGAGUUCCCCCAUCAGCAACAGAUAAAUCUCAGUGAGCCUCGCCCCAUGACACACCAUGGUCAGAAUUUUUUCCAUCAACAGCAUGGUAGCCCGAGGCAGAUGAAUCCUCGCCCUCAGAACCCUCAGCAGCGCAUCAUGUCAAACCGGCAGAGAAUGAACACGCCUAUUUCCAAACAAAUGCAGCAGCGCAACAGCAACCUGCGGGAGCUCCCUGUAGCACCUGGUAACACAAACAUGAACAGGACCCACACCGCCCCAACCCCCGACUCCCCUGCUGCCAACAUCAAGCCUGUUGCCAGGGCAACACCGAGGACGCGUAUGGGCCAGUACACACAGCCGAUGUCUGGCGGCGACAGAGGAAGAGGCCAAGUUGCAAAGCCUGAAUCACAGCCUGGGGGGGCAGACAGGACAAUGGUUAAUAAGGAAACCCUGAGCACACUGUCCAACCCUACACCACAGGACCCUGAUGAAGAUGAGGAGACACGACAGUAUCGUUUGAAGAUUGAGGAGCAGAAGCGUUUGAGAGAGGAGAUUCUGAAGAAAAAGGAGUUACGACGGCAAAUGCAGGCUGGUGUUCGAAAGAGGGAGCUGCUGGAUAGACUUAAUUCUCAGACAAACACACCGUACCAAGGCCCCACUCCUACACAAACUGAACCUCUAUUAUCAAAUCAGCAGCAGCAGCAGCCAGAACAAAAACGACCUCUGCUACAGGCACAACAACCGAGAUUGCUUCCUCAAAAUAUGCAUCAAUCGCUAAAUCACACAUUAACAAAUCCUAAUCAAGACACCACCCUGCAUAUUAGUGGUGCUGAUCAGACCCCUCCACCACGUUUAAAUGUUAAGGCACGCCUCCAAAUGAUAAAAGGCAGUGAACCGGAGCAGCAAUUCUCAGGCACUGGUACCAAACAGCAAUGGAAUUUGCCCCAACAACAUCAGCAGCUACAACAACAAAGGAACAGUUAUGUGCAAAGUGUAAACAGACCCAAUGCUCCGGUUCAGUCUCUUCAAGUUCCUCAGACAUACACACCAAUGGGACAAGACCCAGCUCAGAUUCAAGGACCCAAACUUGGGGCUAAAAGAACUGUGAUGCAAAGAGUCAGAACUUCCAGUAUGGAAGGCCAGCCGGUGCCACAAAAAGUCAGAGUUGUCAAACUUUCAGGACUGAGUGGAAAGGAGCCUGAGGCAUUCGUCGACCCAGUGCAGCAGCAGAGUUCCUGGCAAGUAUCUCCACUCAACCAGAGCGUCCAAAGGAAGGUGACCAUGAUGGGACAGCAGCAGCAGGGACCAGGCGGAACACCACAGGCUAGCCGCGGGGGCAGGGGCAACGCACAGCAAAGCAGGGUCGUCAUGCCAGGCCGAGGCCGGAGCCGAGGCCGAGGAAGUGCAGUUGGUCAGAUGGGUCGAGGUCAUCCAGCACCCACCAGACAGAGCCAGAGAGAUGCAGAGAUCCCUGGUGCUACUGUGUCCAUUGAGGGGCUCUCCACAUCUACAACAGAGUGUCAGCUGAUGAACCUCCUCAGGUCAAUUGGUCCCAUAGAGAUGUUUAAAAUGAUCCCCCAGCAGAGGAAAGCUAUCGCCAAAUUUUCUCAGCCCGAACAUGCUGCGAGUUUCCAAAUGAGCUUCAACAGGCACAUGAUUGAUUUGUCCCACAUUGAUGUGUCACUGAUUGAUGAACAAAGCCUGUAAGAAGUCGCCUUCUCCUCUCGUGGGACGUCUCUUGUGCAUAACUCCACCAGCGGGGCAGGAAAAUCUCCUCCAACUGUUUGGGGUCCAUUCAUCAUCUCUGCACAAAGUUCGACGUUGGUCUCCUUGUCCGGACGAACGAACACAGACAGUAUAAGCUGCAAGCGUGCAUGCAUUUUGACUUUGCCUGCUGUAGGUUUACAAGUACAUUGAAAAGACUGAACGGUGAAUCCCUUUUGUGAUGUUUGUUUUGUUUUUGUUUUUUUGUCCUGCCCACCCAGAUCUUAAACAGGCCCUUUAAGUAGAGCUUAUCACGGGAUAAUGGUUGCUAUCCUCUUCAAAAUAUUUUCAGAUUUGGCAGUAUACACUUUUAUUUUUGAUGCAGGGAGUAGUUGUGGCAGAACAUGGUCCAUGUGCCCAUAUGAGCUUUGUGUUGCCAGUUUUCCUCUCUUCCUGUAGGCGGUAGCGUUUUAUCACAGUCGGUGCUUUGUUCUUUUCAGCUACAUAUCCAGUUUUGGUCAGUGGCGCCACCUAGUGGACAUUGGUUGUACAGACAGAGGUGCUAAUGGUGAUUUAACAGUGACCGGGCAGAGUCUGCACUUUUAUUUUUUUCUUAAAACAUAGUUUUGAAGAUUAUGUAGCAGUAAGUUUCUGGUUGGAACUGUUCUCUGGAUUGAAAGUUAAAAAUUGUUUUUGGGUCUUCUCUGUUCCAUGAGUAUUAUUAGGUUGCUUUGUUUACCUUUUACCCGGAUUGUGUUUGGAAUAAACCUGUUUUAGUUCCAUGUUUGAUUGUGGAGUAUUUAGACUUUGCUUUUCAUAUCUGUGCUAGGAGUGCUUGUGGACUUUUUAAGGUUAAGAGACGCCUUCGUUUCAUUGUCGGGAAGUGUUAGAAAGAGUCGUUGUCGGUUUUUAUUGAGUUAAAACUACGUUUUUGUCAGAUAAUUCUGCUCAGAUACAAUUUUGUGGGAAAGUGAGGUGUUGUAGCUACUGAUCCAAAAUUGUCUGAUAAGUUGGUGUUUUAUAGCUGAGAAGUUGAUGUCAGAAAUCUUUAUUUUGACCGGCCUUUAUGAUGAUAUAGGUACAUUCUCCGUUGCAUCAUCUAAUGUAUCACUUUAUGUUCACAGGCAUUUUUAGCCAUGUUUAGGGUAUCCCACUACAUUACCAACACCUUUAAAUUCAGCAUCAGUUUUGAACAUUUCCUUAUUGAGGCGUCCUCAUUCCUCGUCAUUUCGGCUCAUUUUGCAUUUCUCUUUUACUUUUCCUCUCCCUUCAUUUGGCCACUUUGUUUUAAUGUUUGCUUAGAAAUGUGUUGAACUGAACUAUUUUCAAAAAGCAAAAGAAACGUUUUACUUGCAACGAAUUUACUGAAGCUAAAAGUGAAUUUUGUGUACAUUUUUCAAAAAGAUGGGGGAGCAACCAUUAUCCUUGUAGUCAUCAUGUAUAUAUCAGAUAUUUCUCUUCGUAGUUAUCCUGCUGAAUUCCCUUUCUCUUGUUUAGACAUGUUGUAUCAAGAUAAACAUUUUUAUAUGUAAAGUCUGUGCUCAUGUAUCAAGUCAGAAAUCAUUUUACAAGUUUAUUUUUAUUUUUUAGUUGAUUUUUUUAGACAUAAAAUGAGAGUUGACUGGACCACAUUUCUGUUCAUAAGACAUACAAACAGUUAGGGGAAAACAAAGAAAAAAAAAUAAAAAUUGUGGCCAAUAUACCGUAAACAUGCUGGUUAAACUUUAGUCCGAAGAUGUGUGGUUCUGUGUGGCGUCCACGUGUCUGGUGCCUUUCUCAUGAAGAAUCUGUUCUGUUUUAAUCUUUUGUAUUUCACAGAAUCUGUGGGUAUUCACCUCCCAUCUUGUACAUUUGACAAUAUUCUCUUCUUGAGGAUUAAGUCAUCUUUAAAUGACCAUAACAUCUAGAAAGGAAAUUUCAGGAACCUCGCUGCUUAAAGGGAAACGUCAAUUUAUAGUUUAAUAACGAUGACAUCCUGAUGGGCAGCAACGUGAACUAAGAGGCCGUAAAUGUUGCUUAAAGAUUUCACUUGGGAAAUAUUUUGCUUCAGAGCGAAAAGAACGAGAGAACUCCGUUCUCUUAGCUGCUUCUCUGGAUGACUUCACUCAUAAAACAACAGCUUGUUGUAGAGCUGACGUUUGCAGGGGAUUCUGUUUGUCUUGCAUGUGUCAAUAACACAGAAUCUGUUGCUAUAUCCUUUAAAUUAUUUAUUAAGAUAAACGCACUGAGUUUUAAACAAAGUUAUUCAAAUGGGGGAGUCGUUAUCAGUCAGGAGCCUUAAAAUGUCCCCUAACAUCCCUUCUGGUUGCAUAGUUUUAUUUCCUUAUUUUUAUUUUUGUAACUGUUUGUAUGCUGCACUGUCUAAACUGACUUGUGUUUUCCUCCCUUUUUUGAGUUGUUGAGAGGUUUUUGUUUGCUCGUCUCUGUAUUUCCUGUGCUUUUCUUUUC